AUGGCCUGGGCAGUACCAGAGUACCGGAGUUCUUUCGAAAGCGACUCCAUCACAAGUCAACACAUUGACUCCGACUCUGAUUCCUUAAAUUCAGAUCUAGAUCUCCCACGCUCGACAAAGCCAGGCACUGCUUUUGGUGCUGUACGCAACAGAUAUAUCCGGAGCAUAUCACACAAUACCAGUAGUGACCAUCCGUCACGCGUCUCUGUUAGUAACAGUGAAGAAGAAGUCGCAAGAAGAGCCGAGUUAAGGUGGAUCAUGCGCCUAAGAAUCCAAGAUCAGCUUGAGUCAGACGAGGCUGAAGAUCAAUCAGAAAACAAACCGACGGUCAGCAUUUACCGUGUAGCUUCCUCUGCUAAUAGUGCCCUGCCAAUUUCUAGACCUCGAGAUGCUAUUGAGUUUGGCGUUAACAAUUCUUCCUCCAGUAAUGGACAACCCGCUCGACUUAAUCGAGAGAGGGGCAACCACGGCACCCCUCAAGAUUUUGGAGGUUCCCACGGGUGUGCCACUGCACCCGAGAGAGAUCCUUCAGAGGAACCUGACAUGGCUGGUAGGAAUAAUGAUUCAAGUGAGAAUGCUGUUAUUCAAAGGCCCUUACCCAUACAUCCCUCAGCGCAUAUCUCAUUGACCGACGUUGAACUCUCUCCUUCCCAGAAAUCCUUUCUACUCUCCAAUGGCUCAGGGCGUCUUGAUCGAAUACUGGGACCAGAAAGCAGCUUCAACAAUCGCCAAGCUUCUUCUGGAGAUGGCCAGUCUGCGCUUGGUGUAUGGCUCAUAGCCCAGGGCCUCCGCUCACGAGAUAACUCAACCCUUUCUUUUGACGAAGAAGAAGAGAAGGAGGAGGCGCAAACCAGGAAAUUGAAUAAAAAAGCUACAGACAACACUCCUGCCUGCCUGCUUGAACCCGGCACUCUGAAAGAUUUUUGCGAUAACUCGGCCUUUUCUGGAGAGUUGCCAUGGGGCUCGACUGUGAGAGCACUCCUAAAUUCGUUUACAGAUGACACUUCUUCAAGUGAUCCAUCAAAGUCUCCAUCGAGUCCAGUACGGCCCCCGAAUAAUCUCUACAAACUGGAUCUAAAAGAACUUGAAAGGCGAAGCCGUGAUUCCCCCCAAGACCAAAGCAACCUUGACAACCAAAACUGCAGGCCUCCACAUCAUUUGAAGUCUCAUUCUCAGGCAUUUAUUGGCAAUGUCCAGUAUGAAGCAGAAACAAUGCACGGUGCUGCUUCUGUGGCUCAGUCAGACUCUGCUAGCUUUGUUCAGCGUGAAGCUGGGCUAAAAACAAUCAAAAGGCGUUUCAGCGAGGCAUUGGAUCAAAAGAGCACCGAGAAAACAGUGUCCACGUGUUUCCAUGAGGAUUUCUCCCACUUCGACACUCGAUCACCCGCCAAGAAACCGCCCACAAACAAUACUUGCCUAGCAAUUCCAGUUAGUCAUUUUAGAGCCAAGUCUGAAGGCGCCCUGUACCAGCAUGGUGAAGACCAUCAGGAUGUCCCUCGAGCACAAAUGUCUCCUUUGGUACCCGCAGAAAAGACGAAAGUUCACGAAAAGGAAGCAAGUGACAGAUCAAAGAGACGCUCGAACAUGAGCAUUCGUCCUUACAUGAGCCGACUACCUACAGAAGAGUAUAGAAAGCAGAAUUUGGAACGUCAAGAGAGCGCAACGGAUCUAUGGCAGCUCGCCAUUAGGCUUGAAGCUGAAAGCAGACAUAGUAGCAGCUUUUUGAACACGCCAAAUCAUGAUCAAAGAAGCCUUUCAUCCAACAGAUCACUAAAGAGAACAGGCGCCGCUCGAAAUAGCAACAAUAGCAUUUCAGACGUGAGACGAGAAAUCUCACAACUGACACCUUCCACAAAUGAACAAUCUUCUCCAAAUAACUCGAAGUGGCUUAUCGAACGUUGGGUUUCCCAAAUGCGACCAAGACCAGCUCAUCCGACAGAGUCAGUUGCAAGUGUAGGACUGGUUGAUCCCCCAAGAUCCUGGUCCAAAUUCCCCUCCUUCAAUAGGGGGGAAAGAAACAGGAACAUAACAUCUAGAGACAAGGUACAUCCUCGGGACUUCGCUGUCAAGCAUGUCACUUCGGAAGGUCAGAUUCGGUGGGCCACAGAUACCGGUUCUGGGAGAGAUGGCCAGCGUGCUCAUAAGCUACCUCGCUCACUGUCUACAAGAUUCGGUGGAUUGGUCAAAUCCAAGAUGAGUCGAAUGAUGCCGCCGAAAGGUUUGCGACACUGGGUGAGUCAAGCCUUUAUCGCGAGGUCUAUGACCACCAGCCCACCUCAUAUGGAAUAUCCCGAAAUGGGCAUCCGGCCCUCCGACUCAGGGUACACUGAAAUCCAGGCGAUGGGUAGAGAAAUCAAUUAUAUGAAGGGUCGGGCACAUCUGCAGACUCUCGAAAAAGACCUUUCAAAGCCCCAUUCUUCCAGAAGCUUAGGGGAUAGAGUAGUUGCACUUAUGCAUGAGACUAUCGGGCAGAGACAUCCAAAACAUGAUGACCCUCUUCAGUCACCCGACAUUCCCAUGAUACCAGUUACGCCUAGUUUAUUCAGACAAAGUAUUGCUGCUACUGCGACAGAUGUUUUCGUCACGCCCAAGAGCCGACUUUCGAACGAUGACGAGAGUGACGAAGAAAAGGGCGAGACAGGACGAGAUUCAACCAAGUGA